AUGUUGAUGAGCGGGAUCAGCUCACUCACACCACCUCCAUACAACCUCCAUACAACCUCCACACAACCAACCCUCCACACCCCCUCCAUACAACCUCCAUACAACCUCCAUACAACCAACCCUCCACACCACCUCCAUACAACCAACCCUCCACACCACCUCCAUACAACCAACCCUCCACACCACCUCCACACAACCAACCCUCCACACCACCGCCAUACAACCAACCCUCCACACCACCGCCAUACAACCAACCCUCCACACCACCUCCAUACAACCAACCCUCCACACCACCUCCAUACAACCAACCCUCCACACCACCGCCAUACAACCAACCCUCCACACCACCGCCAUACAACCAACCCUCCACACCACCGCCAUACAACCAACCCUCCACACCACCUCCAUACAACCAACCCUCCACACCACCGCCAUACAACCAACCCUCCACACCACCGCCAUACAACCAACCCUCCACACCACCGCCAUACAACCAACCCUCCACACCACCGCCAUACAACCAACCCUCCACACCACCGCCAUACAACCAACCCUCCACACCAACGCCAUACCAUGUGUCAUUGA